AUGGCUGCUGACUGGCUCCUCCAACAAUGGUUCCCAGCCCUUAGCCAGCGGCCGGGUGUCAAGAUCGCCUGCGACGGCCUUUUGGCCAUUGAAAUGGCCUUUGAAGAUCAACCCCUUCCACCCACUGAUGCACAAUUUAACCUGAUCUCUUCCAUCCGGGAAGCUAUCUCUCGGUCUCCGGUGUCUUGGUCGCCACAGCAUGUCUACGGACAUCUGGACAAGUCCAACUUAUUUGAUGAACUCACUUGGUGGGAAAAGACAAACCUGGAGGUAGAUGGCAUGGCAGUGGAUUUCCGCAAGGAACUAGAGGCGGCCCACCAACUUAUCCCCCCCCAAUCCUCGGUUCUUCACGGAUCUGGCAGCUCUUUUUGUGGCUGA